UGGCACUGCUGCUUCCCUGGGCAGGCGAGUCCCAACAGCAGGCAGACAGGUGGGGCUGACCUGACAGGUUCCAGAGGCCAGGGGCAAUGGGGCGGAGCGUGGCUCUGACUUAGGGUGGCAACGGUUUGGGGGCCCUGCCACAUGUGGGGCAGGCAGGCAGGAGGUGGUUCUGCUGGUGUUUUCUUCCUGCUGCAGCCAGCCCAGGGUGCAGGCAUGGAGCCUGCUGGCAGGUGAUGCAGCUGGGUGGGCAGUCACGUUUGGAGGCCUAGGGCCUGCAGGCCUUGGAGUUCAGGGCAUGGCAGGACCCCUGCGGGGCCGGGUGGAGGAGCUGAAGCGGCCCUGGUGGCGGGAGAGCUCGCCGCUGGUGCUAAGGCACAGUGAGGCGGCCCGGCUGGCGGCUGACGCCCUCCUGGAGCGGGGCGAGGCUGCCUACCUGCGGGUCAUCUCUGAGGAGAGGGAGCUGCCCUUCCUGAGCGCCCUGGACGUGGACUACAUGACCAGCCAUGUGCGUGGGGGCCCCGAGCUUGGCGAGGCCCAGGGGCCAGAGGCCUUGGGGCCUGACCGCCUCAGCCUGCUCUCCGAAGUCACCUCAGGCACUUACUUCCCCAUGGCUUCCGACAUAGAUCCCCCGGACCUGGACCUGGGCUGGCCCGAGGUUCCACAGGCAACGGGCUUCAGCCCCACCCAGGCUGUGGUCCACUUCCAGAGGGACAAGGCCAGGAACAUCAAGGACCUGCUGCGCUUCCUCUUCAGCCAGGCCCGCACGGUGGUGGCUGUUGUGAUGGACAUAUUCACUGACAUGGAGCUUCUGUGUGACCUCAUGGAGGCCUCGAGCCGGCGUGGUGUCCCUGUCUACCUGCUUCUGGCCCAGGAGCACCUGAGGCACUUCCUGGAGAUGUGCUACAAGAUGGACCUCAAUGGGGGGCACCUGCUGAACAUGCGUGUGCGGAGCACAUGUGGGGACACAUACUGCAGCAAGGCAGGCCGCCGCUUCACCGGACAGGCCCUGGAGAAGUUCGUCAUUGUGGACUGUGAGCAGGUGGUGGCAGGAAGCUACAGCUUCACCUGGCUUUGCAGCCAGGCCCACACUAGCAUGGUGCUGCAGCUGAGAGGCCGCAUUGUGGAAGACUUUGAUCGUGAGUUCCGCUGCCUGUAUGCUGAGUCACGACCUGUGGAGGGCUUCUGUGGCAGUGAGGAUCCACAGUCUGCCUGGGCACCGCAUCCUCCCCCAGUGGCCCUGGCCUUCAGGCCUGGCAUCCCAAGCCCCACAUCCUCCUCACCCUCCAGCACCAGCCUCAGCAGCAUCAAGCGCUCACCUCUCAUGGGCCACUCCUCCUACCUUGCUCUACCAAGAGGUGGUGGCUGCAGUGACAUGGGUAUGGGGUCCUCGUCUCUAGGCCCUGCCCGCUUCGAGGCCAGUGGCCAGCCCUCCCUGCAACGCCAGUUGCCAGACCCUAACCAUGGCUCCCCUCCUGGGCCUUACAGGGCCAACCUGAGCAAGCUGGGGGCAUCCCCAUGGUGCCAAUCCUCCCCUGCCCUCAACCACAAUAGCGCCAGCCCCUUGGCCUUGGCAGUGGGGUCACCUCUGCUCCCCUGCCAUCACCCCCUCCUCCAUUUCCCCCGGGGUGUCCCAGCUUUGCCCCGGCUCCCAGAGAAUGGGCUCCCAGGAAGCCAGGAGCCCAGCCUGCCACGAGGUCGCCAGGUACCUGGCACAGUCCUGGAGAUGGUGGAGGAGAAGAAGGCAUCUCUGCAUCAGAGCCAUGGCCAGCUGGACCUCCUUGUCCCCUUCGCUAGAGCCCGAGAAGCAGGAGACCCUGGAUCUGGGGUUACUCCCAACUCAGGCUCCCUUCGGCCUGGUGAACAGGUCCCAGAGGACAGGAGGUUGUCCCCAAGCCGGAGUGACAGCCAGUUGGAUCUCCUGCCCCAGGCCCAGAAUGCUGGGCGUGCCCCUGAGUCAGGUUCCCUCAGACCUGUUGAUCAGGGCCAAGAGGACAGGAGGCUGUCCCCAAACCAUAGCCAUGGCCAACUGGACCUCCUGGCACAGUACCCCAAGGCCCGGGGCUCCAGAGUGCCCCGUGAAGCCAUCUCCUCAGCCAGGCCUGGCAAACAGGGUCCAGAUGAGCGACGGCAGACCCUGGGCCACAGCCAGCUGGACCUCAUCACAAAGUUCGGCCCAUUCCGGAGUGAUGGGCCUGGGCCCAGUGGUCUCCCAGGGCCAAGCCCUGCUCACAUGGCACGAGUGGGCUCUGGGGAUGAGAAGCGGCUGACUCUGGGCCACAGCAAGCUGGACCUCAUCACCAAGUAUCAUCAGUUGCAGGCUGCCAGGCAGGGACCUGAGCCUGGCCCCACAAGUCGCCAUCGCAAUGGUAGUAGCAACGAGCUGUUUGGGGAAGAGAAACGGCUGACCCUGGGCCACAGCAAACUGGACCUCAUCACUAAGUACAACAAGUCCAAGUUCAAGCUGCUCCGAAGUCGCUUUGAGUCCUAGACAGGUCCCUCCUCCAUCCACUGAGACUCUGGACUUGCUCAGGUCCCAGACUCUGGGGAGGGGGUUGCCUAGAAGCCAAGGUCACACACACACACACACACACACACACACACACACACACACACACACACACACACACACACACACACACACACACACACACGGUUGCCUAGAAGCCAAGGUCACACACACACACACACACACACACACACACACGGGGUUGCCUAGAAGCCAAGGUCACACACACACACACACACACACACACACACACACACACACACACACACAGGGGGUUGCCUAGAAGCCAAGGUCACACACACACACGGGGUUGCCUAGAAGCCAAGGUCACACACACACACACACACACACACACAGGGGGUUGCCUAGAAGCCAAGGUCACACACACACACACACACACACACACACACGCUGGGCACUUCGCACCAGUUACUUCCUCCCAUCCCUCAUCCUCACACAAUCCUACAAGAGGAACCUCUUGUAGGUGUAUCACUGUGGGAUAAUAGGAAUUACUUCUCACUCCCUUUUUAUAAAUGUGGAAGCUGAGGCCCCGAGAGUGUGGAUGAUUUACUUGGAGUCAGAUCCAAGUAAAUGGCAGAACAGAGAAUCAGACCUGUGUCUUUCUGGCUCUAAAGAUUGUGUUUUUUUGCACAGACGUGACACAAUAUCUACAUCUCGUGUCCCCAUGCACACAAAGUACGUGUAUUACAGAGAUGCCCCAAAUGCCCAUACAAUAUACAGAGCACAGUGACAGGGUACAUACCCACAAACUGCACACCCAUAGACACACACAGUAAGUACAGGUGUACUUCAAAAAGUUAAUAGAAAGAUUCGUGUUAUCUUUUUGUUUGUUUGGCGGCUGGCUGGUAUGGGGAUCUGAACUCUUGACCUUGGUGUUAUCAACAAUGUGCUCUAACCAACAGAGCUAACUGGCCAGCCCCAUAUUUUCCUUCAAUUCUAUUUUUCCAUGAACUUUUGAAGUACCAUCGUAUACAUAGGUCCAUGUGAUAAACCAAAACACUCGGAAUUUUAGUUGUAGGUACUCAGUAAAUGUCAUUUGGCUAAAUAAAUGGCUAUAUAAAAUACAUGGAUUCAGUGCACACCAUAGACCCCCUCGGCUCCACAAACCAUAAAUAUGCAAAACGCGUGCACACGCACGCACACAUACCCCAACCAGUAUCUUCUUGAACCUAAGCGGUGUGUGUUCCCAGCCCUGCGCUGGGCUUACCACAGGGCUGACAAGUGAGCCAGACUCAGACCCUGGGGGACAAGGAUUAAAUGCAUAAGCAAUUGGAGAACAAGACAGAGCUGUAUCAAGUUAAAGGCUAACCAGUGACAGAGGGUAACAGAAAACAAAGGGCAGAGAGUGGUGGAGACAGUAGGGUGGUCAGGAAAGUUUCUUAGAGGAGGUAGCCUUUGAGGCAGGCCUUGAAGGAUGGGGAGGUUUUAGGCAGAUGGAAGACAGAGUUAAAGAAAUUCCUGGUGGAGGGAACCAGGUGAAGAGACACCCAAGAGAGGACUGAGUGAGUGUCUCAGGUGAACUGGGGAGGACGAAUAGAGCAUGUGGACACCCAGGUGCAUGUACACACAUCAUCUUCUGAGUGUCUCUUAAAGCACAGGCUGUGACAGGUGCGGGCCUUCUUCCUGAGCUCGCCACCUGCCUGGGACAGUUUAUGUGAUACAAAUCAAUAAAGGCAGACAUGGCUAU